GCAGAAGCGCUCAUUCAUCCUAAAACCAACGAGGAAGAGUCUCAGUCAGCUGAGCUGUUGUGUUGAUGAACUGUCUGUGAUACACACAUGCGAACUCGAGUUACAACAGAUUUACUUAUAAGAUAUUCUUGAGAACAAACCUGUUUCGAUCCGAGUCACUUCAGCAGGGAAAUGUCGUGACAUAUAGAAAGAUUUGCGCUUUUCUAAGAGAGAGCAUAUAGCAGCUAUAUAAGUAAACAAAGAAAUGUUCUCCGUAAACAGUGAGAAAUGAGCAGAAAGCGAGCGCUGAUCGCAGAUACUUUCUGCUUAAAGAGACGCAGAUCCGCAGCUGACACUGUUGCCGGAGACAGUCACGCAGAAGGAGCAGCUGAUAUCCGCUCAAGCUUGCAGAACCUCAUGACACUGUUCUCACGCAAACUCUUCAACGACAGUCUCCCUCCAGUGGUCCUGAAACACCAGCUGUACAGUUUACACAGCGACAAAACCUCCGUGGACAAGCAGCUGAAUGAGUUGAGGGCGAGCGGCGAGCUGUUGAUGUUCCAGCUGGGCUUCGACUCGGAGGCUUUUGCGCUGGUGUUUGCUAAAGACUACAGAGCCAAAGUCCUGCAGGGCGAAGCCGGAAGAGAAACACUGGAAACAGUGGAGAAAUUCCUGGAUAAACUAAUUCCCGGCUGCUCCGAUCUGAGCUUCAACAAAGAAAAGAUGCUAAAGGAGUUCCUCUUCACGGACUCUGAGAUCACGCAGCUGGUGAAGUCCGGCGUCCUCACGGUGAGGGACGCGGGCAGCUGGUGGCUCUCAAUCCCAAACUCUGGCAAAUUCAUUAAGUACUUCAUCAAGGGGCGCAAAGCUGUUCUUGCCAUGGUGAAGAAAUCCAAAUACGGUGAAAUCCUAAAGACUGAACUUGAGGGACGCCGCACAACUUCACAUGUUAAAUUCCAGAUGAAGUAUCAUAUUCAUGAUAUAGUUGGAGCAGAGUUAGUAGAAUGCAUACAGACAACAUCAGGGACAGUAUUAAGAUACGUGGACGGAAACAUCAACUAACAGCUUCACCGAACUUGCCUUUGAUUGUACAGUAUUGAAUAAACUGUAUUAUGUAUUUAUUGCCAUAUUAUUUUUGGUUACAAACAGCAGAAUGAAUUGUGCAAAAUAUAUUUAAUAAAAGUUUGCCAAACUGCAA